ACAUUGUGGUAUGAGCGUACAAAAAAACGCAUUUUGUAUGGGUAUUCUAGUGAUCGGAGCAACCGGGUGAUCGAAACAGCCGGGAAAUACGUUAUAAUCAGUAUAGGCCUAUUCUACAUUUACCAUACAACUUGCCUGGGCGCUUGUGUAAGCAGGGACACUAGCACCCCCAACCAACCAACCAGCCAAUCAGGGACAACCAAUCAGCGCCUCAUGGAAGGAUACCACUACCCGCCGGGAGGGGGUACGACUGGACUAUGGCACAAUCCACCUGUAUUUAGACUUUAG